AUGCUCAGAGACCAGGUGCCUCUGCUGGGAGACCCCUGAGCCACUCUCCAGAUGGCGCUCCCUUAUCACCCAGGUGGGCUACAACUCAAAACGGGGAAAGCAAAUUGCAGCCACACGUUGGGUCCUGAGAACACACCUCUCAGGUGCCAAAGGCCAAGGUAAGGAGGGGGGUCUUCAGCCUGCCUUGGGGGCCCGGUUCAGCUCUGUGGGGAAAGAAUGCUGCAUUUAGGGGGCUGACCCAGAGAAGGCCACCUGAGAGGGUCUGUAGCAUGGGUAAGCAAAGUAAGGCCCAGGGGCUGGAUCCGGCCCAAUCGCCGCCUUCUUCUUUUUCUUCGUCUUCAUCAUACUUUAUUUACAACAUAGUCCACAACAACUCAUACAUACAAACAAACCUACCACCAUUGACAAUUUAAUUAUCAAAAUUAAACUCCUAUCCCCUUACACAAAGAAAACAUAACAUAAAAAUAAAAGACUUCUUUUAUCCUGUAAAUGGCCUCCUUAUUUACUUCUUGUAUACUGUUUCUUUUAUAUGUGAUUAUUACAAUUUUUUCUCAUUAUUACUGCAAAGUUUUUAAAGUCAUAAUCCAGCCCAAUCGCCUUCUAAAUCUGGCCUGCGAACAGUCCAGGAAUCAGCAUGUUUUUACAUGAGGAGAAUGUGUCCUUUUAUUUCAAAAUUUCAAACGCAUCUCUGGGUUAUUUGUGGGACAUAGGAAUUUGUUCAUUUUUUUUUCCAAAAUAUAGUCCGGCCCCCCACAAAGUCUGAGGGACAGUAGACCACCGCCCUGAUGAAAAAUUUGCUGACCCCUGGUAGGCACCCAAGCAGUCUAAGUUGCCUAGGGCUUUAAACACUAAUAAUAAUAAUAAUAAUAAUAAUAAUAAUAAUAAUAUAUUUAUACCCCGCCCAUCUGGCUGAGUUUCCCCCAGCCACUCUGGGCGGCUCCCAAUCAAGUAUUAAAAACAAUACAGCGUUAAAUAUUAAAAGCUUCCCUAAACAGGGCUGCCUUCAGAUGUCUUUUAAAGAUAGCAUAGCUGCUUAUUUCCUUCACAUCUGAAGGGAGGGCGUUCCACAGGGUGGGUGCCACUACCGAGAAGGCCCUCUGCCUGGUUCCCUGUAGCUUUGCUUCUCGCAGGGAGGGAACCGCCAGAAGGCCCUCGGCGCUGGACCUCAGUGUCCGGGCAGAACGAUGGGGGUGGAGACGCUCCUUCAGGUAUACUGGACCGAGGCCGUUUAGGGCUUUCACUUAUGUGGGCACUUGUCUUGACGGUGGGAUCUGACCCUGAUUGCUGUGGGGAAUUCUGCGGCCUACUGACUACAGCUUUGGUUUCCCUCCUUGUUCCGUCUCCAUGAUGAUCCACUUGGACUCCAACUGCACUUCUGGCCUCUUGACCCCAGGAGAUUCCCGGGGAGCAACGGAAUUGCCUGCCCUUGCUCUGGCAUGGCACUGCAGCCCAGAAGCUGCUCACGUGCCGCGUGCCACCUUUGCCCAGGACAGAACCGCUGCCCUGAUCCCAAUGCCCCUUGCUGGGCACCAAGGCAGCCUGGCUCUCCUGUGAAGCAGGUGCAGCUGCAGCCCUGGUGCCUUAGGAAGGAGGGAGGGAGGGAAGGAGGGAGGGCGGGCCUCACCCUGCUGCCUCGCUGGGAAAGUCCUUUGCUGAAAGGACAGCUGACGCCACUCUCAAUGGGGACAUUCUUGUGUUUCCCGCGGGGCCUCUGCCAGGGCCAGCCUUGGUCACAAAGGGACAUUCACUCUCCUUUCCUUCCUCGCCAUUCAUGGUCAGAGGAGACCAACCUCGGGCAAAGGCCCACCCUCUCCGGCCCCCUCCCCGGUGGCUUCGGCAGCAGCCGCUUCCAGCUUCCUGUGGACAAAGUGGCCCAAGAGCCUUGGCCUGUCCCUGGGGAGAGGUGGGGGGUCAGGUUGCUGCCGCCCUCUUGACCUGCUCAGGAACAGGGAGAGCAAGCUGUGCGGGAGGCAGGAGGCUGCGGAGACCACCGUGGCUGGAGCAGGGGGGCAGCCCAGGGAGGCUGACGUGGAGGGAGAAAACAGCCGGGGGGGGGGGGGCUACUAAUCAUCAAGAGGAACUUGUCUAAUCCUCUUCGAAAGCCAGCCGAGUUUGUGGUUAUCAGGAGCAAGUUCCAUAUUUUGACUAUGCUAGGGUUGCCAGACUUCUGGAAUUUCCCGGAAACAGCCAGGAAAUGCUUGUCGGAAGUAGCUUCAAUGUCCAGAAAAAUCUGGACGUCUGGCAACCCAUGUCGGAACUGUGGAUUUUGGCGAAUUUCCUUAAAAAUACCCUCAAAAACUUCACUUUUUUCUGGGAUUUUGCAAAGAGAAGCUCAACAACUAUGGGCAAAGCAACAACUUUUUGUGUUUGGGUUUCAACUUUCUGAAAUAUGGCGAACCUGGAGUCUGCGUGGUGUGAAGCAUCAGCUUCCUUUUCUCCGCCCUGAAUCUUCCAGUGCUCAGCUUCACUGAUGCCCCCAAGUUCUAGCCGUGAGCAAGAGAUCAGAGCUUUCCCCAUCCGCCCUUCCCAGGCCAGGCCAAGUCUCACACAGCUCCUCCGCCACAUUUCCUCUUCCUUGCCUUUUCUCUCCACUGAAAAUCCCCCCCGUGCUGGAACCUUUCUUGGUUGCUCCUUCCCUGGACCACUUUGGCAGCCCUUUUCUGACCGCUUUUCAGCUCUGCAAUAAUAUAUCCUGUUGGAGGUGAGGCAGCCAGAGCAGAACAUGGCCAAGGGGGGGCUGAAUGCCUUUUCCAUUCCGUUCCUCAUGAUCUGCUGCAGACGAGGUUGAUGUUUUCUCCAGGCUCUCUGCCAGGACCCCGAGGUCUCACUCCCGGUCCUUCUCCUCCAGCUCCUCCAUGAGCGUGGACGUGAAAUUAAGUUUUCCAGCUCCAACAUGCAUCACUUUAGAGUUGCCUACAUGAGCUGCAAUACCUCAAGGACUGCCUCUUUCCAUAUGGACCUACCCGGACCCUGAGAUCAUCUGUUUGCCCUCCCUGUUUGCCACCACCUCGAGAAGUCCAGAGGGUGGCAACACGAGAACGGGGCCUUCUCUGCAGUGGCUCCCCAUCUGUGGAAUGCUCUCUUCAGGGAAGUUUGCCUGGCGCCUUCAUUAUACACUUUUAGGCGCCAGGCAAAAACGUUCCUUUUUAACCAGGCAGGUCUUUGGUUGAUCUGAUUUACAUCCUAUGCCCUUAAAAAUAUAUAUAUUUGUGGGUGGGGGCUAUUGGGUUGUUGUUUUAAUUUUUAUUAGGUAUUUUGUGGUUUUAUAUAUUGAUUUUAUUCUGUGAACUGCCCUGAGACCCCCAGGUAUAGGGCGGUAUAUAGAUUCAAAUAAUAAUAAUAAUAAAAAUUUUGCUGCCCAUUCACCCAGUUUGAAGAGGACCUUUUGGAGCUCUUUGCAAUCUCUUUUUGUUUUAACAACCCUGAACGAUUUAGCAUCGUCAGCAAACUUGGCCCCCUCCCUGCUCAUGUCUAACUCUGGGUCAUUUGUGAACAAGUUAAAAGCAGAGACUUUAUACUGAUCCCUGGGAGACUCCUCUUCCGAUUUUCCUCCACUGGGAGGACAGUCCACUUCUUCCUCCUUUCUGUUUCCUGUUUCUUAACCGGAUCUCUCCUCUUACUCCGUGACUGCAAAGCUUAGUCAGGAAUCUUUGGUGACAUACAUUGCAGAAAGCUUUUUAAAGGUGCCCCAUGCCAGCCAGAUCACAUGGACAUGCUUGUUGAAGCUCUCAAGGAACUCUGAUGGGGGGCAGCCAGUGGGUCUGAAUUGGCCUCCAAGGCAGUUCCUCCCAAGCCAUGCUCACCAGCCCCACGGUUUCAUCACAGUGCGAUCCCAUGAUGCCACGGCUGUCAGGUGGGCAUCCCAGCCACCUGUGAGCUUGCCCACAGCUCUGGUGGAGAUGGGGCUCUUGGCCUGCUGGGCCCCACACGUCCGUCCCCCCCAUCAGUGAGGCAGGAUUAUUUUGUCAAUAAGGCCUAGAAUGUUGUCUCUGGCCACCAGUUGCCUCCGUUCCUCAGACUCCAUUCCUGCAGAACUUAUUUUGGGCCCAGGGGUCCGUCUUCCAUCUUCUGCUGCAAAUGCAGAUGUGAAGAAUUAAUCCGGUUUUUCCGCAAUCUCCUUCUCGUUUUGCACACCUUUGACCCCUUUGCCAUCCAAGGACCCAACUGCCCCUGGACACUCUCCUGAUACUCAUGCAGUUAAGAUUUUUUGUUUUUCGUGGGUCUUUGUUUUCGGCAUCCUUCUCUCCCCCCCCCCCCAUUUUUUGCACCCCUCAAUGUGCUUGCAUUUCUUUCCCCAAAGUGUACAUGCCCUUUUUUCAUUUUCCACACUUGCAUUGUUUGAAGGAAGGCUUCUUGGCCUCUCCCGGCGUCUUUGACUCCGCUGGUUAACCACGCUGGCAUCCUCGGGGCCCUCCCGGUUCCUCUCUGGACGCGUCUCUGCAUUUUAUCUGCGCUUCUCACGGGGUGGUUUUGAGCGCCUCCCAAGCAUUGCGAAGAGACUGGAUCCCCUCGACUGCCUCUCGGAUCCCUUUCUGAACCCAAACCCUCGUGGGGAUUCAGCUUCCUCUUCUGAAGUCCGACGUGACUGCGCUGGGGGCUCUUCCCCAUCUCCACGUGUAUGGAAGGCUCCCUGUUCCCACGGCUUCAGCGACAGUCCGGGCUUCCCGUUCCGAUCCAACCCUGCCCGUUCGACGGCCAACCGUCCCGGGGCCCCGUCGGUUAGGGCCGAUCAUGGUCAGGUUCCCUCCGGGGGGCGACUGGAGCGCAGCGGCUCCCGGGCGGCCAGGUGAGCGCACGUGCAGCCUCCCCGGGUCCCUCGAGGCGCAGGCGCCGCUUCCGCGGCGGGGAUCCCCGUCCCGCCCCGGCGCCGGAGCAGCCCGUCGGGGGACCGCCGCCCCGGCGCGUCCUGGCGGCUCCGGCUCCCCGUCCCUGCCGGCCUGCGUGCCUUCCAAGGCGCGGAGGCUCCCCUGUCGGCGGAGGCGGCCUCCUGGCUCGGCGCGGCCGUCCCGGCGAGGGCUCCGUCCUCCGCCUCCGCGGCGCUGGCCGGCCAGGGCGCAUUCCUGAGGCCUGAGUCACGCCCGGCCCGCCUCCGUCGCCCGGCGGGCGGGCCGCCCUUCGCGCUCCAGGCCGGGCCGCGCCGACGCCGGCCCCCUCGCUGCAUGGCCGCCCGGCCAGCGCCACUCGCUCCCGGAGCCACGGUGAGCGGGCGCCGCGGGGAUCGGGAGGGCGGGGGCUCGCCGCGGGAUCGCCCUGCGCGGGUGGGCGGGGGGCAGGCGGCUCCGGCUUGGCCCGGGGGUCCCUCGGCCCGGAGCCCCCGAAGGAGGCGGCGUCGAGAGGGAGGCCUCCCGGGGGCUCCCGAGGCGGCGGGAAGCGGGCCAAGCCGGCUGGCGCGCCCCCCGAGGCCGAGGCCCCCCCUGGACGCCGAGCCGGCUGCCCGCGGGCCAGAGCCCCUCUUGGGCCCGAUCCCAAGCGGGCCAGGGUCUCCUUUAGCAAGGGGGGGCAAGCCAGCGGGUCAGGAACACCCCCCUCCGUCUAGCCAGGGGGACCUUGGAUAUCCCGUUUGUUUGGGCACGUCCUGAACCCCCGAGCUGAAAGCGGGGGGCCGGGCGGGGUCUUCCCUCCCCAGCCUGCAGCUUCUGCAUCCGCCGGGAGAGUUGGGAGACUUUUCCUGUAAUGCGCCCUCCCCCCCGCUCCAUGGCUGGUCCGCAUCCUGAGCGUUUUUGCGCGGAGUUUCUCUCCUUCGCCCGCGUGUUGUGUUUGCAGCUGUGCAGCGCCGGCGUGACUCUCGCCUGUUCCCUGCGGAGUGAGUCCAUCUGGGUUUGGCUGGGCUUUUCGCUCCCCAGUUUUGGGGUGGGUGGGGUGGGGGCUCUUGCUGAACCCUUUCCGCCCCUGCUGCGGCUUCCAAGCCCGGUCCCACCUCCUUGCGCGCUCGCUCCUAACAUUUCCCAUUUGGGUGUCUGCGGGGAUGUGAUUUCCCCCAGUGAAGGUCUGCGCUUUGGCAGGUUGGCCUUAAAAAUAUGAUUUUGUCCUCAGCAGGAUUUGCAGCCCUUCCUGCUUGGGGGGGGGGGUCCCCUUCAGAUUCCGCUGUCCUCCAGGGCCUCAUCCAUGCCACCCGGCUUCCUGGACUGGAGGAUCACUUGGGGAAUUCCUCCUCCCAGCCUGACCCGGAGCCCUUCCUCAGCCUUUCGGAGGUGUGGUUUUUCCAGGCUGUCAUGGGACCUGGCAUCAAAUGCCACAUGCAAAUCAUGAGCUGCCCUAUCUGAAACCUCAGAAGAGGCUCUUUCCUCCUCUGAACUCCGGGGCAGGGGCAGCUGGGUGGGCAUUCCUGGGCAGCUUGGUCCUUGGAGUCAGGGGCGUUCCUCCCUCCACGCUUUCCUGCCUCCUUCUCCUCUGGGCCUUUGGCAAAUGCAGGCCGUCUUCCCACAGGCGCUAGGGGUGCAGGGCACCCAGGCACCGGGCUCUCAGGGGCGCCAGGCCGAGAGUCCGGGACUGGAGAGUUGAGUCCAGGGAAGAGCUCGCCCGUUGAUCAGAGCGCUGUGGCGGACUCUUCUGCUGCGGGUGGCUCUGCGGGGGCGACCAAGCCAGCAAAAAGCUGAGGUGGCCAGCCGACUCUGCCCUCCUGCGUGCCUGGGACUGGGCAACUGGGGGGGUGCCACCGGGCACAUCUUUGCACCCCGGUGCCGCAUAUGCUUAAGACAGCCCUAGGCGAAGGAAAGAGUCCCCUGGUGCCUCUCCUCCCAUGUUCCGGGUCUCGAGGUGCGGAAGGGACUCCCUUGCCAGGGACUCUGAGUGGCCUGGAUUGGCACCGUGUGGCAAAGCCUGCUCUGGAGCAACCUGGCUGCCAGUUUGUGGCAGGAUGCGUCCUCAGCAGGGCGAAAGCAAGGCAAGCGAGUCAGGCCUCUUCUGCGCCGCUCUGACCAAGUGCAGGAUUUGGGCCAAGGCAGCCCAGCAGGUGGGGCAGAAUUCUGCAAGGGACGACCAGUGUAAAGAGAAUAGAAAGAGGCUUUUUUGCAGGAUGGGAAGAAGGAAUUCUAAAGAUGUGGCAGUUAUUUUAAAAAUAUAAUCUUUUUUAUUAAUUUUCAAAAAUAUAAACCUACAGCAUAAAAGAGUACAAAAUCCAAAUAUUGAGAUUACUCUGAAUCUCUUGACUCCCCCCCCAUCCCUUCCAUGGGUCCUUUUAAUUCUAUUUUCAACUGCAUAUCAGUACUUCUUCCAAUUUUUCAUCUUCAUCUUUCAUCAAGUUAUCUCUAUGUUCUGCUACUUUACAGGUGUAUUUAAAAUCCUGCUAAUGUUCUGACCUGUUUGCAAUGAUUUUGUAUAUACAUUGUAACCAUUUCCCAUUAUUUUUUAAAUUCAUUGUCUUCUUGAUUCCUGAGCUUCCCAGUUAAUUUUGCUAUUUUGGCAUAGUGCAUCAACUUGAUUUGCCAUUCAAGAUGUGGCAGUUCUCUCCCUGUCCCUGUUCAGACACAGUCUGCAUCUGCAUGCCAGCGGAAGGGGCCAUUGCGCUCAUGCCCCUCCUUCCCAUGGGGCACCCGGUUGGGCACCGUGGGAAGCAGGAUACUGGGGGAGGUGGACCCCCCCCUGCUCCCAGACAGAAAUCAGGCUCCCCUUCUGCCUUGCUCUCCCUUCCAGACCCAACUUUUGCCUCCUUUCCUAUGUGCCGCAAAAGAAAACUGGCCGUGGCGGUUCAGAAUCUGGAAUUGCGUGGCAGUUUCAGGUUCUGUCGACGCACCUUUUGACGGUUUCUGCCCCCAGUGGAGCCUGGCCCCCAAGUGGAUCUCUUCCAGGCCCUUGGGUGCUCGAGAGGCGGGAGAGAGUCUGGGCGCUUGGGAGUGAGGAAGGGGCCGGGACGCUUUUGCUCACAUCCGCCACUUCCCCCCUUCUGGAAUGGCUUCCGUGGGGCUGCCAGCUUUGGUGCUGUGAUGACUGGGCCAGGCCUGGAGAUGGGUGGCCCAGGUGGGCUGCAUGCGCGGGCAGACCUGGGUGGGGGUCCUCUUUGCUUCGCCCUUUGUGGCUGCGGCAGAACCAGUGGGGGAUGCCUCCCUCCCGAGUCGGAUGGCGUGGCCAGCAGGAAGCCUGCUCCUUCCUUCCUUCCUGUUGUGUCCUUGUAUUUGCUUCCUCUGGCAGGAAAGCGUCCAGAUUCUCCAGCAGGGAUGCAAAAUGUCCCAGGCCAGCAAUCGGAGGCUGAAACACGGCGGGUGUUUUUCUUGGGUGGGUUGCGCUUGAGGUUGCUGCGUGGGGUGAGUCCUACCCUAUCUCUUGGCGUGGUGGGCGAGCUGUGGCCUGGUGGCCCUGGUGGCCUGGUACCCCCCCUGCUGCGACCUGGGCUGCGUGGGGAGGACGACCUUCCACUGUCCCUGCAACUGCGACCUCAGCGGACUCUGCCGCAGUUCCCUUUCUGCAUCGGUGCUGGCAUGGGGGGGGCUCUGUGGGCCUGGGGCCUGCUGGGGUCACCUGCUUCCCAAGGGGUCUUACAGCACCUUCUGAGGGGAGGCAGUGGGAUGGGGGCAAGGAUGAGGCCCGGUUUGACCCCCCCCCACUGGCACCUGCUGGAAAUGUUGCUUUGUGUGUGUAUUCUUGGUGGUGGAGGAAGGUUUGGGGCCUGGGGGGCGUGGUGGUCUCAGCUGUGCUUUGCCUUCCCUCUGCAUCUGCACCAGAGGCCCUGCUGGGCUGGGGGGGGGGCAGGCUGGUUGUGCCAUCUCCCUGCGUGGGAGGUGGGGGCAGCUGCCUCCCUCUUCCCUGCUCUUGAGAAUGGCGCCUUUGUGAGCAGAGAGAUGCCCACUGGAAAAUCUGCGUCGCCCUUUGUGUCAGGGCUUUGUGGUCAUGGCGGAGCUGCCGCCUAGGGAGUAGGGGAGGGGGGGCAGGCGGUGAAGGGUGCUUGGCUGCCCCUUGCAGGCUCAGGUGUGCACAGGUGAGUCCCUGGCCACCUGCAUCUCUGUGUGUUGAUCAACUGGAGGGGGGGAGACAGGUAGAAUGUGCAGCCUCUCAGGCCAGGAAGGGGGAAAGAUUUGGGGUCUGGUGAAUGUCUGGUGCGGUUCUUGUGACGCUCUGGCCAUCCUGGGGUGUCCCCAGAGAAGAGCUCAGAAAGGCCUGUGGGAAAGAUCUGAGCCCUAAACUGGCUUUUCUGGUUCCUGGAGGGAGGCGAGAGCUGAGCUGCCGGUUCUUAGGAAUGUCCUCCCCCCCCCUCUCUCUCUGGCUCUUCCCGCCCAGGGCUUGUGGGCAUCUGCUCUGAGAGGAAGACGGAGGUGACUUCCCUUAAAGGUCAUGGAAUCAUAGAGGUGGAAGGGACCCAAAGGCCAUCCAGUCCAGCCCCCGGCAAUUCAGGACUCGCAGCUAAAGCCAAACUACAAGAAAGAAGAUUCCACCUAAACAUUAGGAAGAACUUCCUGACAGUAAGAGCUGUUCGACAGUGGAAUUUGCUGCCAAGGAGUGUGGUGGAGUCUCCUUCUUUGGAGGUCUUUAAGCAGAGGCUUGACAACCAUAUGUCAGGAGUGCUCUGAUGGUGUUUCCUGCUUGGCAGGGAGUUGGACUCGAUGGCCCUUGCGGUCUCUUCCAACUCUAGGAUUCUAGGAUUCUAUGAUUCUAUGAAAGCAUCCCUGGCAGAUGCCCCCCCCCCCCGACCUCUCCCUAAAAGCCCCUCCCCCUGUCUGACUGCUCUCACCACCAGAAAGGCCUUCCUAAUGUUUUGUGGGAAAUCUCCUUUCUUGUUUCCUUAUAUUUUAUUGAGAGUAUUACAGUGAGUUAAAUUGGCGGUGGAGGGGGGGGGGAAUAAAUAGAAGCAGAGGAAAACAGCAAUAACAAAAUAGCAGUGGAAUAUAAUUAAGGCUACAGAGCUAUAUAUGCAAAUGGAUCUACUUAUUCUUUCCCUUGAAGAUACAUUGAUUCGUUUGUUACUGUGGCUUCGAUCAAUACUUUCCAAAGAUCUUUACAUUUGUCCACGCAUGAUCUUCGUCUGAAAGCGAUCCGCUCAUGGGUUGCAGGAGUUGUCCUAGGAGGUUACCUAUAUUUUUGUCCUUCCAACUGUUAUGGAAAUUACGGGGGGGGGGGCACAUAUUUAAAGUUAUUAAAUGUUACAAAGAUUAUGCCUGAAUGUACCCUUUCAACUUGACAGCUCAGGGAAGUUACCUAGCUUUAAAAAUAAUAUAAAAUCCUGUAAGACAACGUAUCAGCCUUAAUCCUUUUGCAGAUGUUAAGGGGGGGGCCAGAGCCUGCAGCCACCAUCCGUUUCCGGUGGGGAGGGGGCAGAGGAAAGACAGGAAGCUUUUCCCUGCAGAGUUAGGCCCCUUGGCUGCCAUUCCUGUGUUGCAGGGGUUGGGCUGCCUGGCCCUCAGGACCCUUUGAACUCCUGGGCGUUUUGCUGGUGGGGGGCUGCGUGGGGGCCUGGGCGAUGUCAGAAGAGGAAGCUUGCAGGCCCCGUUGCCUGUUGGGGGCAGCGGGAAGAGGCGGAGGGCAGGAUGUGCAGCCCCUGCCUGGCUUUCCUGUGGGACCAAGGAAGCGGCUUGGAGGGGAACUUGGCCGCUGGCCUUGUUGCGGAGGCGGCAGUGUGGGAACGCCAGUCCCAAGGGCAGCCUCCCUCUGGGGUCUGGGUGCUGCUGCCUGUCUCCUGCCAUGGACUUGGCGGGGGGAGGCCUGCGCUAUUGGGCUGCCAGAGGCUAAUGGGGGGCUGCCUCUCCCAGCCAAAGCUGACCCACAAAAUUGCAACCCAGUGUGUGUGUUUGUGUGGGGAACCUUGCAAGUCGAAAGGUAGGGGCUCAGCACCAGCUUGCGCAGGAUAAGCCCCGAAGGGGCUCCUGGGCUCCUUCUGUUGUAUGAAAAUUGGAGGUUGUCCUUUACAGCUCAGCUCCCCAAGGGGCUCAAAGCCUCCCAAGUCCAUUAUCAGUCGGAGACGAAUGAGUGGACGCUGGAAGAAAGGGGGAAUCUUUAUUUUUCUGUUGAAACAGAGCCCUCCUUCCCACUGCCAUUUGCAAGGAGGCCAGGACCCCAGACAAAGGUGUUGUAGCAGCUUUGAAAGACUUUUCCGACUCAACAUCAGGAAGAGCUUUCUGACAAUAAGAGCUGUUCAGACAGUGGAACGGUCUCCCUUGGGAGACUGUGGUCUCUCCUUCCUGGGAGAGGCUGGGGGGCCAUCGGUCAGGGAUGCUUGAGCUGAGAUUCCUGCAUUGCAGGGGGUUGGACUAGAUGACCAUAGGGUCCCUUCCGUCUCUAUGAUUCUAUGAUUAGACGCAGGCCACCUGAAAGCAUAAUACAAGCAUCUCAGGAAGAGGCACCUACAACAGAAAUCCGAGAGUGUGGCUUCUCUCCUGUCUGUCAAGGGACCUGAAGAUGCUGAUUGCCUUACCUGGCCAGUUCCUUAGGACUGGUGGAUACAGUCAUAUAGUCAUACCUCGGGUUACAGAUGCUUCAGGUUAAGCAUUUUCAGGUUACGGAUGCACCGAAACCCGGAAGUACCAGAAUGGGUUACUUCCAGGUUUUGGCACUUGUGCAUGCGCAGAAGCGCUAAAUCGCGACCUGUGUGUGCGCAGACGCAGCAAUGCGGGUUGUGAACACUGCGGGUUGUGAAUGUCCCUCCCGCAUGGAUCACGUUCACAACCCGAGCGUCCACUGUACCUUGGUUCUCGAACAGAAUGCAUUCUGGGAGUCCAUUUGACUCCUGGAGCCAUUCGAAAACCAGAGUGCGGCUUCUGAUUGGCUUCAGGAGCCCCCUGCAGCCAAUCGGAAGCUGCACCGGAUGUUCGCCCUCCGAAAAUCAUUUGAAAACCAGAACACUCACUUCCGGGUUUCGAUUGAAGCUGAUUUGUUUGGGAGCCAAGGUGCUCGGCUUCGCAGGUACAACUGAACCUGAGACCUUGACUCCGUUUCCCAGACUUACCUACACCUAUUCAUGCUCUUCUGACAGGCCUGCUUUGCUUUUGACAAAUACUUGCCAGGCUAGUUUUGCAGAGGGGUCGCCUGUUCCUGCCAGGAAGUUCAUCUGUUCACAGGGUUUGGAGGAUUUGCAAGUGAAAAGAACUAUUGGGAAAGGUUUUCCCAGAUGAGCCAGGAUGGCUUUGGGACGGUUGCGUGGCCUCAAAUGAAGUGUAUUAUCCUCAGGGAAUAUUUCCUAAUUUCUGAAGGGUGAUGGAUCGGUUUUUCUGUGUGACUGCUAUCUGUGUGCACCUUAAAAAAAUUUUUUUUACACUUAUUUCUGCCUGGAAGGGCUUGGAUGGUGGGCACUGCCAAAGGUGCUGCCAGGAUGUGGCCAGUGUGUGCGGGGGUCUUCCUUGCCUUGUUGGGCUCCAGGGCUGUUUUUAGAAGAUGCGGCACUGGGGUGCAAAUAUCCGCCCGGCGCCCCCAAAUUACCACGGAUAGUGUUGGGGUGGCCAUAGCUGCGCACUGCCAGCCAUCCGGGGAGGCGCAACUCUCCCCCAUGCUGCUGCGGGACAGCGAUCCCCACAGAGGCUUGGGAGUGAAGUUGUGCCCCUCCCAAACCUCCUCGGGAGUAGAGCGAUCCCUGCAGAGGCUUGGGAGGGAAGCUGUGCGUCUGCCAGUCUUAUGGUUGGUGGGGCGCAGCUGGCGGGCAUGCAGGGAAAGGGGAGGCCGCCGGCAAAGCCGCACAGCUCCCCCCACUUGCUGGGGUGCCCCUGAGAGGCUGGCGCCCUGGCGCGAUUCACCACUAAGCCCUAUGGGAAAGACGGCUCUGCUGGGCUCCUCUGUGGAAGGGCAGCCUCGUAAGGUGGGGUUGCUCCAGAUUACAGGCCGGCCUUCACCAUCCUGCUUCCCUCCAGGCGCAGCCAGCAGGACCAAUGGCUAGGGCUGAGGUGGACCCAGCAAACGCUUGAGGACGCCUCUCCACCUGGGGUGAGAGGCUGUUAGAGAUCCAUGCCUGUUGCCCUCGCUGCCUCUUUAGCGUCGGACGGUCCCUUAGCUUCAAUUCCUGAAUUGCAGGGGGUUGGAAUGGAUGAUACUAGGAGGCAAGGACAAUAGAGACUUAAUUUUUUUAAAAUUCAUUUUUAUUAAAUUUUCCACUUUAAAAAUCCAAUCAAAAGGACAAUAGAGACUUUUAAAAAGACUGGGAACCGCUUAUGUUGCAUUUACCGAAACAUUGUAAAGAAGUGGACUCACUAGCAGAGUUUGAGUAAACACUUACAAUCUACAAAACAAACACAGAAAUGAAGAUAACUGGAAAGAAACAAGUGUAAGAUACAAUUUGAAGAGAAUUAUGGUACAACAAUGACAAGUGUAACAAUAUUUAAUUUAAAGAUUACAAUAUUCAGGUAGAACAAAUAAGCAGGAGAGGCAAAUACUUAAAGAACCAGAAGAGGAAGUCGAGGGAAGUCAUGGGGGGAGAUUGGGAAUUAUUAUUUUUUCUUUUUAUGUGAUAAUGGUGAUUGUGUUGAAUAUAAAACUGUCAAAUUUAAUAAAAACCUUUUUUAAUAAGACCCUAGGGCUCCCUUCCAAGGCUGCAAUGCUGGGAUUCUAGAUCAUGUUGGGGGGGCCCCUUGGCCGGCCCUCUGGCUGCUGCCAGCCAGGCCUUUGGAGACCCCCUGCUGACCCCUCCUCUGCCCUCCCCCAGGCUUGACAGGACGAUGUCGGAGGUGCGCAGGGCCAGCACCAGCAGUCUUCAGCGCAAGAAGCCCCCAGGGCUGAUGCUGGACAUUCCCGCCCCAACGGUGUUGGCUGAGGAACCAGUCAUGGCACAGGUAGUCAUUUUUAUCAUCUCUUACAAUUUUUAAAUUUUUAUUUAUAUUUUUCAGAGAUAUACAUUUCACCGAUUUUACAAUCACUUUGACAUUUUAAAACUUGACUUCCUUCCCCCUCUCUCUGCGGUUCCUUAAAUUUAUUUUCAAUAUCUUCUGCACAGCUAAAUUAACUUAACACACUCAUUUGCAGUAUCUUAUUUGAAUAUAUACUCUCAUGUAACUGCAGGUUAUUACAGUAAUCCUGCCAGUGUUGUUAUCUGCUUACAAUUUAUCUGUAAAUAUUCAAUAAACCGUUUCCAUUCUUUUAUAAAAAGUUUGUUAUCUUGAUUUCUUAUUAUUCCGGUAAGUUUUGCCAAUUCUGCACAUUCCGUAAGUUUUUGUAUCCAUUCUUCCUUUGCUGGGACUUCUGCUUCUUUACCUUUAGGGCCAAGAAACAUUCUUGCUGCUGUAGUCGCACACAUGAAUAAGUUUCUAUACAAUUUAUGUAGUUUUGUCCCUAUAAUUCUCAAGAGAAAAGCUUCUGGCCUUUUUUUAGAAAACAUGAUUUUAAACAUCCUUUUCAUUUCGUUGUAUAUCAUUUCCAAGUCAGCCUUAACCUUACCACAAGACCACCACAUAUGAUAAAAAGAACCUAUUUUAUUGCAUUUUGACCUGUAUUUUAAAUUGGGUUUCCCCCCCUAUUAUGUUUUUUACUAUGAUUUUAUUGGUGUUAGCCGCCCUGAGCCCGGCUCUGGCUGGGGAGGGUGGGGUAUAAAUAAAAUUUAUUAUUAUUAUUAUUAUUAGUUACAUUUGCAUACUACUAUUUCCUCCUGGGAAUUCAGGGUGUGGCCCCUGCCCCCCCCCCAUUUUAUCCUCACAGCAACCCUGAGAGGUAGGUUAGGCUGAGAGACAGUCUCACCCUGUGAGCUUUGUGGCCGAGUGGGGGACCCCUGAGCCCAGUCUCUCUGCUCUAACCACUAGACCACGCUCCCCAGUGAGGCGGGGAAGGAGAGGGCCAUAGGACUGGGCGCCCCACCAGUGAGGGGUUGGGGGAUUCCCAUGCCUGAGACCUCCGGCAGCCAGCAGUCUCACAGCCAGUGCCUCGUGUCCCCCGCCCCCCGUUUUGCUCCAACCCCUUUUGUUUUCCCUCGGCAGCCCCCCAAGCCCCGGGCCUUCCUCCGCAGCGUCAGCAUGCCCACCGAACACACCCGCUUCCCCUCCCCCUUCGGCGACCUGCGGCGCCCUGUCCUCCAGCGACACACCUCCAUCACCCAGACCAUCCGGAGGUAAGAUCGCAGAAUCAGAGCCUGAUGGGGGGAGGGGGAGGGACCCUGAGGGUCAUCCAGACCAACCCCCUGCAAUGCAGGAACCUAAACAAUGGCAUCCGUGGCAGAUGGAAGCCCGACCUCUGCUCAAAACCCUCCAAGGAAGGAGAGAGGGAAGAAGUCUCUUCCACUGUCGGCAGAAAUUUCUUCCUGAUGUUGAGUCGGAAUCUCCUUUCUUGUGACUUGAAGCCAUGGGUUCGAAUCCUGUCCCUCCGGAGCAGGAGAAAACAAUCCCGCUCCAUCUUCCGUGCGACGGCCCUUCAGAGACCCAAAGAUGCUCUCAGGCCUCCUCUCCUCCAGGCUAAACUCUUCUGGGUUACAUCCUCCUCACCAGCUCCUUUCUCCUCCACAUCUGGGUCUUUUGCCUUUGCCAACUUGGUGCUCUGCAGAUGUUUGGGAUGUCAACUCCCAUCAGCCCCCUGGGCCAGCGCAGGUGUGGGGCACUGGGCUAAUGGGGUCAGAGCUCUCCCCCAAACCCCAGGAGGGCAGCAGGUUGGCAAAGGCUCUUGGAGGGAGUCAGGGUCCUUCUCUCCUGCCCUCCCCUCCAGCCUUGGAAGGGUCUUGGGUAGGAAGCCCCUGCCAGGGUCCCUGGGCACCACCAGGUUGCCUCCUUUGCCCCCCCCCCCCACCGCCAGCGCCCCCUCAGCUGUCUCUCCUUUGCAACAGGCAGGUCCGCUUUGAGAUGACUCAGACUUUGCCCGUUCAGGGGCGCCAGGUGGGCAGGAGGCCCCCCAGGAGACACCAGUCUCUGCCCAAAACAGUCUUCAGGUACCUGCAGUGCUGGUGUGACCCCCCCGCCGCCCCAGUGCAUGUGUGUGACGUGCAUGUGGGUCCCCAGGAGCAAAGCCUGCUCCUCCUGCCCCAUCUCUCUCCCCAUCUCGCAGCCAACAGGUGGCCAAUUGCUAUCCCCCCCCCACAUGCACGCACCUGCCCACCCCAAACCUGGCAUGGCCCCACUGCUUGCCUGCAGGAGAACAGCCUGUCACCCACUUGCCUUGGCGCAACUGGGCCAGUCUGGUUUCCAACCGGGUCUUGGAUUGUCCGGCUUGGACCGAGUGUGAGUCCACAAACAGUCUUGGCUCUCCGUCCUGCAGAGUAGUCUCUGGCCCUGUGGUGGGACCCUCGUGGCUCUCCCUUUCUCUCUGUGCCCCCCGACCCUGCAAGGAUGGGCACCGGGAGAGGGAAGGCUGCCCGGGCGCAGCUCCCACAGCGCCGCAUUGAGCUCAGAAGUGCAGCGCUGGGGAGCUGCCUGCAGCCAAAAUUCUGUCCCUGCCUGCCUGUUGUGAAUAACCUCUACUAAUGUGGGGUCCCCCCCCCCCAGGCCACCCUGUGACAGACGCACUAAUAGCAGCAGCAAAAUGGCUAACCUCGUCGGCCAGCUUGCCAGCGGUUCCCCCCAGGUUGCGACUCCGCUGCUGGUCCGGCCUGAGGGAGCGCGAGGGUUCGGUCCGAUCUUGCUGCAGUUGUGGGGGGACUGGCGAAAGCGCCGCAGGGGACCGGGUGGGGCCCGUCUGUUUGGGCCCCCUGAGUUUGGCUGCUUCCUCCUCUGCUGCUUCCCCUCUCAGGGGCACGGCCGACUGGUUUGGCGUCAGCAAGGAGAGCGACGCCACGCAGAAGUGGCAGCGGAAGAGCCUUCGCCACUGCAGCCUGCGCUACGGGAAGCUGAAGCCCCAGGUCAUUCGAGAGAUGGACCUCCCCAGCCAGGACAACGUCUCCCUGGCCAGCGCCGAGACGCCGCCUCCGCUCUAUGUGCCACCCUGCCAGCUGGGCAUGCAGAGGGUGAGCCGGUCCGGGGCCCUGUUGUGGGACGAGGGGGCUGCUGGGCGUGGGGCAGGAGAUGCCCUGCACCCACGGGACCCCUGGGCACUGGGAAAAGGGUGUAUUGGGCCGGGGGCAGACCCUUCCCACCAUCCCAGGGCACCCCUGGUCUUGCGCCCGGGGGGGGGGGCAAACGAGUGGGGGGGCUUGCACAACCCACUUUCAGGAAACUGGGAGGCCACACCUGCACACACCUGGCCCAUUGUCCCAGGCCAGGUGAGCAAGAGGUCUCCUUUCUACUGACAUCAUUUCACCCCUGAUGUUGCCAUAAAUAAUGCUGUGACCUCAUUUCUCUGGGGGCCACUAGCAAUGCUAGUGUAUUUUAAUUAAUUGAUGUCUGUUUUUAUGCAUAUUGUGUUGUUUUUAUGAUGUUAGCCGCCCUGAGCUGGGGAGGGCGGGAUACGAAUAAAAUAUUAUUAUUAUUAUUAUUAUUAUUAUUAUUAUUACCCGGGAUGGACCCCCUCCUUUGGGUGCCCUCUGGCAUAGCAGCCGCCCACGGUCUCCGUGGCUGCAGGGCGGCCUGCGGCGAGGGCCCUCCCUGGCUAACGGGCCCCUCCCUCCUUGGCGCCGCCAGAUCAUCGACCCCCUGGCGCGGGGACGGGCCUUCCGGAUGGCCGAGGACAGCGAGGGCUGCAGCGUGCCCCACACGCCGGCCACACCAGGGGCCAUGUCGCUCUGCUCCUUCACCAGCUCCCGGUCAGGCUUCAACCGGUGGCCGCGGCGGAGGAAAAGGGAGUCGGUGGCCAAGAUGAGCUUCCGAGCCGCAGCAGCUCUGGUGAAGGUAAGGCGGGGGGUUGGCAGGAGGGGCAUUCAGUGGGCGAGGAAAUCCCGCUUGCCUUGGUUGGUUGGGGGCCUGGUGGAAGAUCCAGUGGGGGCAUCAAGCGCCAGGCAGAGGGAGGGAGGAAGAGGGCCAUUUGAAGUACUGUGAGCAGUCAUUUCUUUAAAAAUAAUAAUAUUUUUUAAAAUCAUUUUUAAUUUUACAAAUAUAAUUUUUUAACAGUCCAAAUACACAUCCCUAUCUAUCUAUCUAUCUAUCUAUCUAUCUAUCUAUCUAUCUAUCUGAAUCUUCAAACUCCCCCCCCCCAUCCCCUUCAUGGGUCCUAUUGUUAACAUUUAAAACUGCAUAUUAUUCUGUAAUCUAUAUUUUAUAUCAAUCCAUAUUAUCCAUAGCAUUUGUUACAUUACAAGUGAGAUUAAAAUCCUGCUAAUGUUUUCAUCUGUUUGCAGUGGUCUCCUAAAUAAAUUAUAUGUUUUCCCAUUCUUUUUAAAAGUUUUAGUCCUCUUGGUUCCUGAGCUCAGGAACCUGGAAAAAACAUUUUUUGUUAACUUUCAAAAAAAGAUCAUAAGAGAUUUUGCAGAAUACAGCGUUGUCAGACAGAGUCUGGUGACAAUAUGCCUAGUCGCUAGUUGCAGGCAUGGCCAAACUCGGCCCUCCAGCUGUUUUGGGACUACAAUUCCCAUCAUCCCUGACCACUGGUCCUGUUAGCUAGGGAUGAUGGGAGUUGUAGUCCCAGAACAUCUGGAGGGCCGAGUUUGGCCAUGCCUGCAACCCCACCAGAGGUCGAACUAGGAUCCCAUUUCUGAACAUCCCUUCCAGCACUUUGUUGAUGUCGAUGAAUUUAUGUACAAGAGUCUUCUAGGAGUCCUGGACCACUUAGGAAUCAACUUUAUUGACCGUUCUUUAUAUUUAGCAGAUAUAUUAUGAAAAGGAAUUUCUGCCCCACAUUGCUAUCCAAGUGUCUUCAGUUCUGUCAGGUUCUAAAUCUGUUCCAGGAUAUCCUUGAACCUGUUUGGAGUCCGGGUUCAUGUUUGAGUGAAAUUUUUAUAGAUAUUAGAAAUCAUGCCUUUUGAAUAGCGUGGAGAAAUAAGAAAUAAGAAUUACAUUUUCAAAAUUGGAAAGCUCACAUCUGGCAGAGGUUUGAACAAUUCCGUUGUGUAGGAAAGCACUAACUUGCCACCAUGUCAACCGAGGGAAGUGGACGUUUCCCAAUUUCUCUUUCGAUUCCAUUUCUCUGAUCGAUUUCCCCUUUAUAUAGAAAUCUCCUGCUUUGUGACUUGACCUAAUCCUCUUUUAAAGCCAUCCAAGGUGGUGGCCAUCCCUGUGGCAGGGAGUUCCACAGUUUACUUCUGCGCUGCGUGAAAGAGGGCUUUAUUUUAUCUGUCCCCAAUCUUCCAACGCUCAGCUCUGUUGAAUGCCCACGAGUAUGGAUGCUGAGAUGGAGAAAAGCUUUUCGCUGUCCACUUUCUCCAUGCCAGGCAUAAUUUUAUAAACUUCUGCCACGUCUGCUCUUUCUCCCCUUUUCUCUAAACUAAAAAGUACCAAACGCUGCCAGCUUUCCUCCUGGGGGACCCUCUCCACCCCCUUGAUCAUUCCGUUCACCCUUUUCCAACUCUGCAAUGUCCGUUCUGUGGGAUGUAAUCCACUGGGAGCAGUCAAGUACAACAUCCCUUGUUUUCCUAGAGUGGACAUGCAAGGGGAUGUUGGUCCAGCCAAUCGAAACUUCCUGUUUCCUCCCGGGCUGGAGCAUCCUUCCUUGCAUGUGACUAGAGGUGGGCGUGACCUUACCUGUCCAGGUAACAAAAGGACGAGUCACGCAGCACCCUUUCCUUCUUCGUUCGACCAGCUUUUUAGCUAGGAAUGCUCUGCUAGCUCUCAACUAGCAGAAGCACUGGGAUUAUUCCCCCAUAUGGGGUAGAUCCACAUAUUUGUAACUAAGUCUGCCUUCAGGAAUCCAACUGUGAACUGAUGUGAGUAAACUUCUUUUAUUGACUUAAAAUAAGAUUGUUGUGUCUUCAUUCUUUUAAGAGGGAUUCAAGGGAACUUACCAGGAGUGUACAGUUCAAUCUUAGACAGACUCAAUUGUGUAAUAGUGAGAGGCUCACAUGAGCCUGCAACCAGCUAUCUGCUGUGCAUGUAAAAAGGGGGAAUGUAAACUCUGCUACAUAAAGGAACUUGCUAGCGCAAGUUAGGAAGAAUAUGAAUAAACAAUAUAUCCUCUCCUGCCACCCUGAACAUUCCCACACUUUCUGAGCUGAGGCGACCAGAAUUGGGCACGGUAUAUAUUCGUCAUGCUGUUUCAGCCUGGAUUUGCACAACGGCUUCUGCCAUCUCUCCUCCCUGGCAGGGCCGGUCCGUGCGGGACGGCAACUUGCAUCAGGCUCAGCAGCGCAGCUUCACCCCGGCCAGCUUCCUGGAGGAAGACACAGGGGAUUUCCCAGAGGAGCUGGACACCUCCUUCUUUGCUCGGGUAAGGAAGGGCCGGCACUGGCACUGGGGGUGGCAGAGGAGGCAGAGCCCGGCCGGCAUUGGCCUGGCUUCUGCGGCUGAGCGCCCCCUCUCCUCCCCAGGAAGGGGUCCUGCAUGAAGAGCUCUCCACGUACCCCGACGAUGUCUUUGAGUCGCCCUCGGAAAGCGCCAUCAAGGACACCGAAGUGAAGCUGCCGCAGCCGCAGCUGCAGCCGGAACCUGGCCUCACUGGGGGGGCGCUGGACAGAACUGAGCUGGAGAGGAGUCACCUGAUGCUGUGAGUCCUCUGGGGGGCUGGGGCUGCUCCCUGGGGGGCCGGAGAGGGAAUGGGGAUGGGGGUGUUCUGCUUGCUGGCCGGACGCCCCAGCCGCACGCUACCCAAUGCUUUGUCUGUUCUCUCCGGCUGGCAAAGCUGCCAAGCCUCUCUGGGCCAGCGGGCGCCACAAGGCGAGGCUCCUGGCGCCUGCAGAUUUGCCUGCCUUUUGCAAGACCCUGUGUGGGGCUGCCCCACAGCGAGCUUCCCUGCCUGCUGCCUCCCCUUGCUUGCACUUGAAGGGGGCUCCCUGGGACAGCCACUGGCUGCUACGGGACAGCUGCAGGGGACAAGCUCAGCCUCUUCCCCUCUCAAGGCAGCGGGUCGGCUUGCGAAUCGGCCCCGGCAGAGGCAUUGGUGCCGCUGGGCCAGGGACACGGUCUGCUGGGCUUCCAGUUGCAAAAAGGGGCUCCUCCGCUCGUUCGAUCAGCCACAAAAUCCCUUAAGGGUUUAAUCUCUAGAAUUACGUAAGAGAACAAGAGGAAGACAGGUUUAGAGAAGAUUGGAAAACAUUUAUUGAAUAUAUGGGGGGAAAUGGUGUACACCUGAAAACGCUGGCAGCAUUAAGAUAAAUUCAGCAGUGUAAAUAAGUUUAGAUGGAUGUAAUACAGUCAUACCUCAUGUCACGUCUGCUUCAUGUUACGUUUUUUCAGGUUAUGUCCCGCGGCGACCCGGAAGUACCAGAAAGGGUUACUUCCGGGUUUUGCUGCUCGUGCAUGCGCAGAAGCGCAAAAUGAUGUCACGUGCAUGCACAGAAGCGGUGAAUCGCAACCUGUGCGUGUGCAGACACAUCGCUGCGGGUUGCACUCUUUUCAUGUUGUGAACGGGCCUCUGUAACGGAUCCCAUUCGCAACCAGAGGUACCACUGUAAUGGAAUACUGAAUGAUUUAGUUUUUGUAAAAUAUGCUGGGGUUUAUGAUAUGUCAAAUGAAACACAGAAAGAGAAGAAGGGAAGUCAUUGCCAUCUUAAGGAUGUUAAAAUGAGUAUUUUAAAUUGCUAAUCAGAAAAUUUAAUAAAAACUUUAUAAAAUCAUCAUCAUCAUCUCUAGAAUUAUGCCCCUUGGAUGAUUGCAAAGGUCACCCCCAAAGCCAAGGCCAUCUUUUCAAAAGAGUGUCGAGAAUCACCGGCUGAGCAGGAAGCGAGCUCUGCGGCAGCUUCAGUUGCCCUGCAGGGGCUGGGGGGGUUUGGGCCCUGCAAGCAGAAGACCCCUCCCUGCCCCACGGGCGAUGGCUCCUUCCCUGCCCUGCCCAGCUGGGGGGCGCAUUCCGUGGCCGUUCCUGAGUGCCCCUCUCUCUCUCCUCCCAUCCUGCAGCCCCCUGGAGCGCGGCUGGCGGAAGCAGAAGGAGGGGGCGCAGGUGGGGCAGCCCAAGGUCCGCCUGCGGCAGGAGGUGGUGAGCCUGGGCCUCCAGCGGCGGGGGCAGCGCAUCCGGGUCCCUGUCCGGAAGCUCUUUGCCAAGGAGAAGCGCCCCUACGGGCUGGGCAUGGUGGGCCGGCUGACCAACCGGACGUAUCGCAGGCGGAUCGACAGCUUCGUUAAGCAGCAGAUCGAGGACAUGGAUGACCACCGGUGGGUGACAAAGCGGGUGGGGGCUUGGUUCUGCGGGUGGGGCUGCAGCGGCUGAAGGGGCCAGAGCUCCUAGGGGCUGCCCUGCUCCUCAUAGAAUUGUAGAGUGGGCAGGGACCCCCAGAGGCCAUCUAGUCCAACCCCGAGCAACGCAAUGUCCUACCUCCAGGGAGAUUCCUUCCCACAGAGGGAGCUUGUUCUGCCGUCGAGCAGCUCUUACUCUCGGGAAGUUCUUCCUGAUCUCGAGUCGGGCCUCCCCCUGCCAAGCCUGAUCCCUCUCCCCACUGCAGGCCGUUCUUCACCUACUGGCUCACCUUUGUCCACUCGCUCAUCACCAUCCUGGCCGUCUCCAUCUACGGAAUCGCCCCCGUGGGGUUUUCACAGCACGAGACAGUGGAUUCGGUGAGUGGCAGAAAACACGGCCAUUGCGGAGCCGGUGGCAGCUUCAGCCAACCCCCCAUUGCCUCUGUGGCCCCUUCCCCUUCCUUGACCACAGACCCAGGAAUAUCUCCCCCCCCCCUUGCAAAGAGGCACCUGCCUCCCAGGCUUCUGCUCCUUUGCCUGGUGGGGUGAGGGGGGGGUUGUGCAUCUGCAGGGCCCCUUUGCCCCCCCCCAACUCUCCCUUGCAAGGAGCCAUGGCUUCCUUUUCGGCAGGUCUUGAGAAACCGCGGGGUCUACGAGAACGUGAAGUAUGUGCAGCAGGAGAACUUCUGGAUCGGCCCCAGUUCGGUGAGUGGCCCAGGCUGGUGUGGCUCUGUGGCAGCAACAAGGGGUUGGCUGCCGUGGCUCUGAGGCCGGUGGCCUUCUCAGUGGGGGCUCCCUGGCUUGUGGGGUGCUCUCCCCAGGGGGGCUCACUGGGUGCCUUCCUUGCACACCAUCAGGUGCCAGGCAAAAACGUUCCACCUCUCCUAGGCCUUUGCCUGUUGUUUUUAAUAAUUUUUUAAAAAUUUUAUUUUACAAAUAUCAUUUAAAAAGAAAACCAAUUGCAUAUCCAUUAUAAUAUUUUCUGCUCCUUUGGAAUCUUAGUGCCUAUAAUUCCUAAUAGAAAAGCUUCUGUAUUUUUUAACAAAGGUUAUUUUAAACUUUUUUUCAUUUUGUUAGAUAUCCUCUCCCUGGCAAUCCAUCACGGCCUUUUAAAGCAGCUUGUGUGUUAUUGUCUUUCCCCCUCUUUUACUCUUACUUAUAGAAUUUCAUGGAAUUGUAGAGUCGGACGGGACCCCCCAGGGUCUUCUAGUCCACCCCUCUGCAAGGCAGGGACCUUUUGCUCAGCCUGGGGCUCAAACCCACAACGCUGAGAUUGUAAGAGCCUCACUUUCUCCCAACCAAGUUCUAUGCUGUCAGCUGCCCUGGAGUCUCUUGAUGAAGGGCGGCCUGUCAGCUUGAUAAGCAACGAUCCGUAGUAACGAUGCCGCUGCCCCCCCCCCCCAGGAAGCCCUCAUCCACCUGGGCGCAAAGUUUGCCCCUUGCAUGCGGCAGGACCAGCAGGUGCACAGCUUCAUCCGCGCUGCCCGCCAGAAGGAGAAGCACUCCGCCUGCUGCGUGCGCAACGACAAGUCCGGCUGCGUGCAGACGCCUGCGGAGGAGUGCUCGGUGAGACACCGCUGGCCUGGGCACCCACACUGGGUGGGGGAGCGCCCACUCUCUGACCCACCACCCACAGCCUGGCACCUGCUCCUGGGUGCCAGGGCUCCUCCACUCCCUGCAAAGGGAGACCCUCCUCCUCCUCUCACCCCCUCGCUCUCCCUUGCAGUCCACCCUGGCCGUGUGGGUGAAAUGGCCGCGGCACCCCAGCGCCCCCCUGCUGGCAGGAGACAAGCGGCAGUUUGGCUCGGUCUGUCACCAAGACCCCAGGUAGGUCGGUUGAUGGGUGCCGGAGGCCUAGUCUGUGGCCCAGUCACUCUCCCGCUGCGCUGAUGGCCUGAACCUCCCCAGGAACAGCAGAGAGGAGGUGAGGGAAUUGGGGUUCACCCCCUGCUCACCCCCCAGCACUGCUGAUCUCUUUCCUGCGCAGGGUCUGUGAACAGCCAGCCUCCAUGGAUCCCCACGAGUGGCCGGAUGACAUCACCAAGUGGCCGGUAAGGCUGCUGACGAUUUGGGGGCUACUGUGGGGGGGAGGAGGGAGGGCACUGCACCUGCGACAGAGUGGGAGAGGCCAAAGGAGCAACUGCAGCAGAACAGCCCUCUGGAGCUGAUCGUGGGUCUUGAUCUCUGUAAGAUUGCUGCCCCCCCUUACUUCUGCAGCCCCAGAAGAGAACAAUUUCUUUUUUAAAGUUCCUCAGCCAGGGCCCCAGCCAGCACUCCUCAGCUCCAGCUACAGCCUUGGGGUUUCCUUGGAGUGCAGAGGCAGCCCAUUAUAACAACAACAACAACAGUAAUAAUAAUAAUAAUUUAUUUGUACCCCGUCCAUCUGACUGGGGUUCCCCAGCCACUUUGGGUGGCUUUCAACAGAACAUUCAAAAUGGAAUAAAACAUCAAACAUUCAAAACUUCCCUAAACAGGGCUACCUUCAGAUGUCUUCUAAAUGUCAGGUAGUUGUUUAUUUCCUUGACAUCUGAAGGGAGAGUGUUCCACAGGGUGGGAGCCACCACCGAGAAGGCCCUCUGCCUGGCUCCCUGUAACCUCGCUUCUCGCAGGGAGGGAACCGCUAGAAGGCCCUCGGAGCUGGACCUCAGUGUCUGGGCUGGAUGAUUGGGGUGGAGACGCUCCUUUAGGUAUACGCUGUCUCUGAGUCUAUCCUGGACGUUGGAAAAGUGCGCUGGUCCCCAGCAACUUUGAUCCUAAACUCCCAGCAGCCUGAAGGCCAAGCCUCUGGGGAUCCUAAAGCCCUGGGGUUGGAAACCGCAAACAUGACAGCCGCCAAACGAAGGAAUUUCAUUAGGAAGAAAAGGCAGGGGGAAAUCAGGCAGGUGGUCAGAGCAGAAUGCAAAGGAAACGCCAGCCCCGGGGCUCCACAGCGGAAUGAAACCUAGCCAGGUUUGCUCACAAGGAAUCUGGAAGGCUGCUCAGCUUCAUUCAAGAUCCCGUCUUGGAUCCCUGGUGCUGGAAAGGGGAUCCCCUGGUGAUGGGAGAGGAACAAGCUGCAGGAAGCAGGCUCUUGUUGUCUCCCUUUAAAAACUUUUUCAUGGGGACCUCCUGGCCCUUUCUGCCCUGUUCCUCAGCUGGGCAUUUCAAGCGCUCAUUCCAAGGACUGGCAGGAAAUAUCUGUGGGUUGCCUUAGGCAGGUUAAAGCAACCAAAUUUUUAAAAUAGUAAUAAUACGAUGACUGGGGAAUGGUGGACAGGUCUGGCCUUUCUUGGCUCUUGCUGGAAGCUCCUUAGGCGAGGGACAGAAUUUCUUGCCCCUCCAACUGCCCAGCAGCUGCAUUUUUUCUGUGGACUCUGGCAGAGAAGUGUGUGUGUUUGGGGUGUGUGUUCCUUUCCCUUCGCCUCUGGGACCUGCAGAGAUGGGGGGUGGCAGGAGGCCCCUCCAGCCGGGACAUGCUCCGAGGAGGGAGGCCCACACCCACUGCCCCCCCUCCUUCCAGAUCUGCACCAAGAACAGCGCUGGCAACUACACGAACCACCCGCACAUGGACUGCGUCAUCACCGGCCGCCCCUGCUGCAUUGGCACCAAGGGAAGGUAGGGGGAGGCCUGGGGGAGGCGGGGCAGCGCUAGGUGGCAGGCUGCCCAUUGGCCACUCCGGGGAGGAGGGUGGGGGAGAUUGACAGCCACCCCCAAGGGAUCAGCUUGGACCGUGUGUGUUCCCCAUCCCUGCCCUUCUGCUGCCCCCCUUAACUUCCCAGCUCUCUGCCCUCUUUCUUCCCAGGUGUGAGAUCACAUCUCGAGAAUACUGCACCUUCAUGCACGGCUACUUCCACGAAGAGGCCACCCUCUGCUCCCAGGUAAAGCCCUCUCCCCGACUGCCACAUCUUGUGUGUUCCUUUCAGAGCAGGUUGAGGCCCUGGCAGUGCUAAGCCCAGGUGUGCUCUCUCCCCCAGGUGCACUGCAUGGAUGAUGUCUGUGGGCUCCUGCCCUUCCUCAACCCAGAGGUCCCAGACCAGGUGUACCGCCUGUGGCUGUCGCUGUUCCUCCACGCAGGGUAAGGCUGGCACUGGGCCCCCACCAGGACACACCAGCAAGGUGUGGGGGGAGGGGAGGGAGGGUUGUUUUCUCCCCCCCCCCCGCCGCCCAGGUCCAACUGGCCUCCCUCUCCCCUGCCCAGCAGGAUCCUGCACUGCUUGGUGUCAGUGUGCUUCCAGAUGACCAUCCUGCGAGACCUGGAGAAGCUGGCUGGCUGGCACCGCAUCUCCAUCAUCUACCUGCUGAGCGGCAUCACGGGCAACCUGGCCAGUGCCAUCUUCCUGCCCUACAGAGCCGAGGUGGGUCUGGGGCUGCCAGGGGCAACGCAGCCCUUUCCUUUGGGCCCAGGGCUAGGGCACCCCCUGGGCAGGGACAUGGCCCCAGGCAAGGCCUCUCCAGGAACAGCUUGGGGGAGCCUUCCUGCCAGAGCAGAGCAACCGCUGCUGCUCGCCUGUGUAAGCAGAGCUGAGCCUGAUGGGCCCAUGGUCUGACUCUGGCCAAGGCAGCUCCCCAGUCCACCCACAACCCCAGGCCGCUCCUUCCUCUUCUGGCUCCCUUUGCUGGGCUUUUGCUUCCUGCUCCCGGCUGUGAAAGCCCCCUUUUCUGGCCUGGAGGUGGGGCCCCCUCCUUGCUCUACUUGUAGGGAAGCAGCUUCUCAACUGCCUCCCCCCCACGCCCCCCCCAAGGGGGGAAGGUGUUUUGCCAAAGGCAGGCCUAACGGGGACUCUGCCUGCCUGCCUCCCUCCCCUCUCAGGUGGGCCCUGCGGGCUCCCAGUUUGGCAUCCUGGCCUGCCUCUUUGUGGAGCUCUUCCAGAGCUGGCAGAUCCUGGCGCGUCCCUGGAGGGCCUUCUUCAAGCUGCUGGCCGUGGUCCUCUUCCUCUUCGCCUUCGGCCUCCUGCCCUGGAUCGACAACUUCGCCCACGUGGGCGGCUUCGUCAGCGGCCUCUUCCUCUCCUUCGCCUUCCUGCCCUACAUCAGCUUCGGCAAGUUUGACCUGUACCGCAAGCGCUGCCAGAUCAUCGUCUUCCAGCUGGUCUUUGCGGGGCUGCUGUCCGGCCUGGUGGUCCUCUUCUAUUUCUACCCCAUCCGCUGCGAGUGGUGCGAGUUCCUCACCUGCAUCCCUUUCACGGACAAGUUCUGUGAGAAGUACGACCUGGACGCGCAGCUCCACUGA